AUGCCUCGAGGUAGAAGUAAAUCCAUUGUACAGAAAAUAGCUAACGAUGUUCAUAAUAAUACUGAAAGCCAUUUAAAUUUAGAUUCACCAAAUCAACAUCAACAAGAUAAACAGUUUGCAUCAGCUACGACUUUUAAACAUUCAAGAUCAAAAUCUCAAGAAUCAAUAACGAAAAUAACUAAAGAUUUUGAUAAUCUAUAUCCUUUUACAAAUGAAGAAGAAGAAACUGUAUGGUCUAAAUUCAUAAGUAAAUAUAAUCAUGAUACAAUUUUAAAACCAGAAGAUAUUGAAAAUGUGAAUAAUUAUCAAUUGGACUCUGUACUAAAUUUCAAAAGUUGUUUAAAACGAAAUAGUCAAGCUUUAAACUCAAUGAUAUUAGAAUCUGAUGAUAUAAUUGAUGCCUUAACAAACUUACUAAACAAGUACAAUGCAAUUUCACAACAGACAAUGGAUUUUGAUAAAGAAGCUAAUAAAUUGAUAAAUCAACAAAAUGAAACAAAUGACAAAUACUUGAAAAUAUAUGAGAAUUUAAAACAUUUUGAGCAUUUAGAUGUCAUAACUAAACACUUGUCAAGAAGUGGUAACCACUUACUAAAUCAAAAAAGAGAAUUUUUCAAAAAUGAUAUACUACAAGAAAUUGACAAUUCAUUAGAGUUUAUCAAUGAACACCCUGAUUUUAAAGAGAGUGAAUUAUACGGAAGUAGGUUUAGACAAUGUAUGACCAGAGCUUUAACUUUAAUUAGAAAUUAUUUGAAUAGUGAAUUGAAAUCAAUAUCUGAUACAAUUGAAAGAAAACUUCGAGAGGACAAAACGAUCACAAUUAGUAUAUUGAUAUAUAAUGAGUUUAAUAAUUAUUUCAAGUAUCAUGAAAAUUCAUUUAAUGAGCUAUUCAAUGAAAUUGUGAAAAGAGUAGAUAAUCAUCUAGAAUAUAAUGGAUUAUUACAUGAUAUCACUACCACGUACUUUAAUAUCAGAAUAAGAUUAAUAAAUCAGUACGUUCAAGACACAUCAACAAUUAAUGAACUUUAUAACAAUCAUACAUCUCAUCCAUUGAAUCUAGUACAAACAUGUCAAGAUCAAAUUUCAUAUUUCAAAAAUAUAAUAGAACGAGAGUAUCAAUUAUACAUAAAGUUUUUCGACUCCGCCGAUUCACUACAAGAUGAUUUGUAUCAGUUUUUGAAGAAUGCAAUUGAUCCAUUAUACGAUGCAAUUAGAUUAUUAGUCAUCAAAGAACAUAAUAUUUCAAAUUUAUGUCAAUUAACUACUUUAUUGCAAAAAUAUUACGAAUUUGAAGAUGAAGCAGAUGGAAAUGGUUCAUUAGUAGAUACUGGUAGUUAUUUUGAUACCGGUAAUUCAAUCAAAUAUGGAAUUUUAUUUCAACCUAUUUUAGAUGGUUGUCAAAAUAGAUUAAUUUUUAGAAUACAAAAAUAUGUCGAUGAUAAAUUGAUACCAUAUAAUCCAAAAGCGUCAGAUUUGAAAAUUAUUGGCAAUAUUAAAAGAAAAGAUUCCAAUACUACAAAUGUACUAGAUGUCGAUUAUGAGGAUAAUUUAUUUCCAGAUAUUUAUUUACCAUUAGGUAAAGCAUUAACUUUAUUAUCUAACAUUUAUGAAUUGAUAAACUCAGUUGUUUUUGAUGAUUUAGCUCAUUAUAUAGUCCAUGCAUGUAUUGAAUUACUUAAAGGUGAAUUUUUAAAAAUUUCAAUUGCUCAUUUAGGUAUCAUAGAUGGUAAAUUAUCAUAUAUCAAAAACCUCAUAAUUUUAAAAAAUCAAAUAAAUAACUUUGAUAUCCAAUUUACAAGAACCGAUUACUCAAUAGAUUUUAUUAGUGGAUUAAAUGAUAUUUGGCAAAUGAUAAAAAAUAGACAAUUUAAUUAUAAUAAUGGAGGAUUCAUAGAAUUGGCAAAGAAAACAGUCCCUAAAAUUAUAAACAAUAUGAUGGAUGCAAAUUAUGAAAUUGAAUUAGAGUUGAAUAAUUCAGUUAGUGAAUUUAUAGAUUAUUGUUCAAACGAAAUAUGUGAACCAAUAAUAAAACCAACGAGUCCAUCAGAAACAAUAUCCAAAUUUAAAGAUAAUUUGAUAAUGAAAAUUCCUAAUUACUAUACACGAAUUAAAAUAAUACUAAAUGAUGAAGUUGUAACUCAAUUUUUAAUGAAUAAUUUAUCAAAUUUGAUAAUUAUAACUUAUGAAAAUUACUAUAAUAACCUAAUUGAAAGUUCAACAGACUUAGAUGAAAAUGCAAAGAAAGAAUUGAGUGAAAUUAUGGAAAUAGAAGUAUUAGAUGGAUUUGUAAAUGACAUGAUUUCAAAUUUAUUUGUUGAAGAUGAGAAAGUACAAUUUAAUGAAAGUGUAUUGGAAGAAUUAGAAAAUGAGUUGAAAAAAGAAGAGUCAACAAAGAAUGGAGAUGCCAAUGAAGGUAAAUCACCAUCACCAGGAACCAAAUAG